AUGCCAGCUAUACAGGUGGUUCGAACACUUGAGUUUAUUAGGCUUCUAAAGGCAGAGAUCGCCAAAGCCCAAGCGAAAAUCGACAAGCGCAAAGACAACCAGAGCCGGGGUCGUGGUCGCAGUCGAGGCCGUGGGCGUCAGGGUAACAGCAAAGGGCAGGACAAGAGCACAGCUUCCCGCGGUCGCGGGGCUGGUGGUCGAGGUGCUGGCCGUGGCCGCGGGCGUGGCAAGACUUCCAAGCCGGCACCGGUUGAGGAGGCUCGGGUGGCAUCCAAGAGCAAAGCGAAGGCUAAGCCUAAGCCCGAGGAGGCCGAGAUGAAAACUCCUCGAAAGAUGAUUAAUGGGAAGAAGGGGUCGUUCUUGACCCAGACGGCCAAGAAGAGAAAGGAGAGCUGCCUUGACUCUGCCCGGCGAAAUCUUGCAUUCCUCAAGGACUGCAAGUUCCCUUUGCCUGGCUUCGAACUCCCGGAGCCCGGGUUUGAUCGACAAUCGUACACGAUUUAUCCGCCCCUGAAGAGGGGGAAAGGAGCCUUGGGUUCGGAAGCGAGCCCGAUCGGCAUCAUCCUCGACAAAAAUCUUUUUUACGUGCUAAAGGCCAGGGUGGCCGAGGAGCUGCAGACGUGGGCACAUGUCGAUCGCAAGGGUGGUGCAACGAUCGGGUGGAACAAGAGUCCGACUGUGAGUGUCGCGCGGGGUUUCUGGCAUGUUCUGGACUCCAGUCCUAGUAUUGCAAGGCCCUGGAUGCACCAUCUGCAAAUCAAGAUGACAAAGCGGAAGCGCGAGGAGCUCGCUCGGAAACAGGCUGCUGCCGGCAAAGAGAUUGUGAAGGAGCCACCAGCUGACCUAUGGGAUCGGGCCGCCCUGGACAGCUUCUUGCCCCUCCUGCAGCAGGCUGCUUCCCGUGGUCUCUACAAGCCUGAUCCCUUAAUCCCGGUACAGGUUGCACCAUCGCAGCAGAUUUUUGAAUCAUACAAGGCCAGUGUUUUGGGAUCCUGA